GAGAGAAGGGGAGAGAGGUUGCGGAGGCAGUGAUUGCAAAGUCGAUCUUGUCAGUUCACAUGCAUACAAGGCAUUGAGCCUGUGAUGUUUGCGUUUCCUCUCAGCUAGCAGGAAGAUACUGGAAUAGCAUUGAGAGUAGUUCAACUGUCUGACUCCCUUUCAUAGUUUGUUCAUUAUAAGACUAGAAUGAGAACUUUCAGAGAGGACCAACCUCUGCAUGAAGCAGCUCUUCUUCGUUAGCCCUGCACGGAUUAUUGAUUAUCAUUUUGUUGGAAGGAGGUUGUAUUUCUCUGAACUGUGCGGAGGUGGAGGUGGGUUCGUCAGAGGCACUUGUUGGCUUCACAUUCUGACAGCGAAUCGUGUUUUCCUUCAGAGAUAUAGCAAGACGAGGGAAAAAAUGUUUUGUGGUCACUUCACAGCUUGAGUCCUGAGCCAGGAAACUAGGUUGGAGGGGACGGCCCACCCUAGCCUUGCGAAUUGCCUCCCAAAUAGUGUGUCUUCAGUGAUGAUCGCAGUGAUGGCACCAACAGAUAGAUAAUAUUUGUUUAUGGUGGUAUAGGAUCUAAAUGCAUGCAUAGGAUAUCUACAUUAGGUUUUAGAAGAGUUGGAUAAACCAUGGACUGUUAAACAAGUAUAAAAGGAGAUCACUGUGGAUUAUUAUCUGGUGUUGACUAACUGGGAAAGUUUACUUUUGGAACUUAAUCACUACCUCAAGUUUUGAUGAACUCCUUUUGUUAUGACCCUCACAUAAAGGUGGCGGGGAAAUUAUUUCACGUAGCAGCUGCCAAAGAAAAAAUCAUGUCAGUCUUAGACACCAAGAGUAACCGUGUGACACUGAAGAUGGAUGUGUCGUACACGGAGCACUCUCACGUCAUCGGCAAAGGGGGCGCUAUAAUCAAGAAGGUGAUGGACGACACCAAGUGCCACAUCCAUUUCCCGGACUCUAAUAGAGGGAGUCAGCAAGAGAAGAGUAACCAGGUCUCGAUUGCGGGACAGAUUGCUGGCGUGGAACAGGCACGGGCUAAAAUCAGGGAAUUAUUACCACUAGUGCUGAUAUUUGAGCUGCCAAUUUCCAUGGGGGUGGCCCCCUCCAUGAACUCCCCCAUCGUGCAAGAAAUAGUACAGACCUACAAGGUGGCCGUCAACAUGAAACAGAGGGGUCGGGGCUAUUCCACUACGGUGACGGUGAGGGGUGCAGUCAACAAUGCCAGAGGGAUGAAGGAAGGGACAAGCAGGUUGAUGGAACAUUUGACUGGAACAGCAGGGGGCACGUUACCGGUAAGCACGCAGAUUGAGAUAUCCCCACAGCAUCAUCAGUUCAUGAUGGGACGAGGAGGAUUAAAUAUCAAACAGAUUACGCAGUGUACGGGGGCCAGUAUCCACUUUCCUGAUCCAAACAGCUCUCAGAAGAAAAGCUCAGUGUUUGUCUCUGGAAGCAUCGACUCGGUGAUCGUGGCGAGGCAUCUGUUGAUGGGAUGUCUUCCUCUGGUGUUGAUGUUUGACAUGAGAGAAGAAGUGGAUGUUCAUACCACCAAACUGGCUCAACUAAUGGAACAAUUAGACAUCUUCAUCAGUAUCAAACCAAAACCAAAACAACCAAACAAGUCUGUCAUUGUGAAAAGCAUCGAAAGAAAUGCUCCCAACAUGUACAGAGCAAGACAGAUGCUCCUUGGCCAGGAGUGUGAAAGUUGUGCCGUCAAUGCCAAUCCUUCCCUCGGCAUGAAUGGAACAUGCCUGCCUGUGCAUGGCUACAAUGUGGGCACAGUUGGUCUCCUUGGGCACCAUCAAGGAUCCAUACCGGGUCUCACUACCACCGUCCUUCCCACCCUUAAUGGAUUAGCUAACCUUAAUAACCGCAAUGCACUACAUCUCACCAAUACUUCCACCACACCACAGACACAGUGGACGCUGCAGAAUAUACCUACCAGUCUUGCAUCAGGUUUGACGAAUGCAACGAUGACUCCCGUCCUUGUACAACAGCCAGUGAAUCCUCUCUUGCUGACGUCACCUAGAGGAUCCAUCAGCUUCACUGCCAAUGCUGCAUCCAAUCCAAUAGUCACCAACCCAUCAAUGUCACCUUCAAAUCCCACCGCUGUCACCGUUCCGACUGCUGUACACACCAUCCCUAAUGUCACCCCCAUGCAAGCGACAUUGCCUGUUGCUACUGGUAUUCAAGCCGUAGCACCGUCCAACCCAGCGAUAGGUAUGCCAACCUUACAGACUGCCCUGCCUACCAGCCCAACAAGGGUGCAAGUCCCCCAAGGCUUAGGCUCUGCCAAUCAGACAGUUCUGCAGCCUGGUUUGCCUCAAGUGAAUCAAAGUGCAGCUUCUGUACAGCCAAGCAUAGUAGGAAAUCCCACCGCUGCCACCAGUAUUCAACAAUCAUUACCCAUGAGUUCUGCUGCAGUGAUGCAGCCACCAUCAACAAGCCAGCAGACACCGGUGUUCCCCACACCUGGAUUACUACCUCAACAGACUCUUCAGGCCACCAUGCAACAGAUGCAAGGUUCCCUCAACCAAGCGGCGCGUGACCAGCAGCAACCUCCUCUCCAGAUGAAUAUCAACACCAGCAUUCCACCACCGCCUCUCCCCCAGGACUUCUUCAACAACCUCAACAUGGCCAGUAGCGCUGCUGCUGCUUCAUCUGCAGACCAGCCCCCAUUCUCAGAAGCGCCUAUAUACACGACAACGCCUCACACACCGCCGCCGCCUCCUGGGUUCGUCAAGCGGGAUCCAAUGACUGUGACAUCACAGCUAGCUCAGCUGGAACUGAAUGAUAUCACUGCUAGAAACCAAUUUACUAGUAUGUGCAAUAAUAACAACCACAUGAAGGACUUGAUGAUGCAGCUGAAAAGCAUGCAAAUGACACCAUUGCCAAAUUCAGAUACAAAGUGCCCAUUUAACCAAAGUAGCAGCCAGCCACCGACUCCGAGAGAUUCUGGCUCCAUAGACCUCAUCACUACGGUAACACCCCCACUGGGUCAGCUGGGUCAGUCGUCGGACAGGACUCUUGACCACAGCGGAAGCAGCAGCAGUCAGAGCAUGCCUAGGAGUCCAACCAGCUUUGUAGACUUAGUGCUGUCACAAAACAACAACUGCUCACCGAGUAGCAGUAUGAAACUACAGAACACAAGUUUUUCACCAAACAAUAGCAGUCAUGACCUAUCAGGCAUGUUGGGUGGCCAUCGAAGGUCACUUACUCCAGACGAAUCAUCCAUCUCUCUCUUCUCAAACAGCAAUGGUAGUGUCACCCUCAAUGGAUAUGGCACGAGGUCCUCUGAAUCAGGAUGCGAUUCUGAUAGCUCCGAUAAGCGUGCUCCAGGAUGUGAGAGAAGGGAAAGGAGAAGGGAGAGGAAGCUUGAGCAGGAGAACCAAGAAGGAGCCGACUCAAAGGAUCAAUCUACUCCAUAUGGAGAGGACUAUGACAAGAAGAAGUUCUUGGCAACUAAAGCAAUGAAGAAGAAACCAAUGGCUCCUGAAGUUCGUGUCCCUACUGAUCUUUGGAGUGGUCUAGGAUUCUCCAAGUCAAUGCCAGAGUCGGCCAUCAGGGAGGCACGGAAGACCAACGGUUUCUCACUCUUUCAGAUGGAUUCUAAUCCAUUACCGACAACCUAUGAGACACCCAACCAGGAGCAGGGUGAACAGGGAGAGGAUCCUUCCUCAUCGACCACCAGCUCAUGGCCUCCUGGUAGGUUGAACGAUGACCCUCCUCCCAGCGAGGUUUCUAAUGGUGACUUUGAUUCCACACCUGGCUAUGUCAAGAAGAAGAAAACAACUACUUUCAGCGACAUAAGUUGCAGUAACUAUAUUGAGAGCACAACAUUGCCAAAGUCAAGCAAGGGGUUGUGGACAGCAAAUGACCUCAAUGCAUCCUUCUCAUACAGACCGGACCUUGGGGAUAUCUUCAUGAAUCUUGGCCUUGGGAAAUAUACAGAUGUCUUUCAGCAACAAGAGAUUGAUCUAUCAACGUUUCUGACACUUACUGACAGAGACCUAAAGGAACUGGGUAUCACUACAUUCGGAGCAAGGAGAAAGAUGUUACUAGCUAUCUCAGAUCUCAACAAAACCACCAAGGAUUCCCUUGCCCCACAGACAUCCAAUGCCAAUCAGGGUUACCAUGGAAACACACCUAGCAACGGUUUCAUCACGGGACAGUCCAACCAGCAUACAACGUCAUGUUGGUAGUGUGUGUAUGGAGGCAGGUUACAUGUGCCUUGGUCUUGAAGACAAUCAGCAAUUACUUCAAUAUCUUCAGCAGCAUGAAACGGGCUGUUCCGAUUAGUCUUCAAGUUGGCUUGAUUUUUUUUGGGGGGGAUGCCUAGCUUCAUUUUUUAUCUAGUGUCAAAGACCAUAAUUGUGAAAAUAAUAUUAGAUACCCACUGUUUUCUUAUGCAAUACAGAUAAUUUGUAUGGUCUGGGGGUGUAACCUAAAGAGAUACGAUCAAUAUUUAUGAUGAUUGUAACUUUACGUACAUGGAUUGCCAUAGACUUAUAUUCAUGCAUGGUUGUACAAUUGAUUGUAUCUUUUGUGUAACAGGGCCUCUGUGUCAUAUUCUAUGGGGCAUACUGCUACAUGCACAAAAAUUGCAAGCAUAUGGGCAGAUGUAUCAGGGUAAUAAUAAUAAUAUGGUCCAUUAAUAUAGCGCAGCUACUAUAAUUGCAUAUACUCUACUGCGCUUGAUACUUGGUAUCAUGUUAUUACCCCGGCCGUAGCUGAGCAGCCAUAUAGGUGCUAAACCAUUCAAGGAAUAAAUCCUACCGGGUACCCAUUCACCUCACCUGGGUCGAGUGCAGCACAAUGUGGAUGAAUUUCUUGCCGAUGGAAAUUACGCCAUGGAUGGGAUUUGAACCCACGACCCUCUGUUUCAAAGUCCGAAGACAAUCCACUGGGCCACAACGCUCCACACAUUGUAAUACAAGAUAAAGCAUUCAGAUCUGACAACUAUGUCAUUGGCUGACAUCUUGUCCUUGGUUUGAUUGGCCAAUAAGCAAUGGGGGUGUAACCUAAAGAGAUACGAUCAAUAUUGAAAACUUGUCAGAGUUGACAAGCUUUGUCAAAAAAAUACCUAGGACUUGGUGCAUAUGAAAAUAUAAUGAUGUAAAACAUGAGAACAAUGGCAUUAUGACAUUAAACUAUUAUAUGGAUGGUUGACCAAUGAGAUUACAGAACUCAUGGGCACUAAGUGCUAAAAGAAGAAGAAAAUAAAGAUGUAUAAGAAAGAAUUUUCACAUAUUAAGGUUUCCUUUGUUGAAACAUGCACUUGAGUCAAUACUUGAAUUUCUUCUAUUGUGUAUGUUACUUGCGCACAAGUAUCUAGAUCUUGUUCGAGCAAGAUAUUCAUGACAUCACAAAAGGAUUUUACUGUGAAGGGGAAAAAAGGAAUAAUGAAAUUGAGAAAAAAUAUAUUUAGGGGCAAUGCACUUUUAUUCAGUUGAACUCAAAAUAUUUAUUGAUAAUGCAUUAUGACUCGAUCAGCAAAACACAAAAUCUUCAUCACUGUAGGUGAUGAUUAAUGGGGAAGCAACACUUUUUCACAUGAUCAACUUAUACCAAUCCGAAUUUAGAUUCUUAGUAUGUGGAAUAUAAAAACAAAUAACCGGAAAUGUAUUGUAUUUUUUUAAACUUCACAAUGUGUCUCAGGGUAUUUUAUCCAUAUUCAAUCUGAAUUAUAAAUGAUGUAGGCUGAAUAUCAUACAAAGAUUGAACUAAAAGAGUGCCUUAAGAUUAGUAAAAUCUUGGAGUAAAUUUGAAAACCAGUAUUAUUACAGAACUCUUCAUUUCAUCGUGCUUCCCAGAACUUCAAGAGUUUUUUACCUUGAUCCUAGUGCUUCUAAGGGAAAUGAAUUUAAAUAUUUAUUUUUUAAAUCACAAGAUAUGUUGGAAGCACUUGAAUAUUAAUAUUCCAUCACUAUCACCUUGGUUUUCUAUGUAGUCUUCUGGAGUUUAAAAAUGAAGGUAUUUUUUAAUGAUUUCAUGUCUUUAUACCAAUAUUUAUUCAUUGAUUUUCUUUGUACAUUUAUAUUAGCAGGAAUGUAAUAGUUGAUCAGAAUGCUACAUGAAGAGCUUGAUUUAACCACAAUCUGAUCAAAUGGCUCUAAUAUACUAUAGCCCGAAUGUACAAAGGUGGUUUUGAAAACCAUCGUUUGAACCCCUGGUUUAUGCAGAUUUCAUGUUAAAAUUUAAUUUACCGCGUAUAUUGACAAAUAUCCAAUACUGAUGCGCGCUUUUGUCAUAUUGCGCCAAAAUGAUGCCUAUUGCCAUGGUUGUGUAUGCUAUUUUAUUCAUGAGUCCACUAAUUUGAAGAGUGGACUCAUGAAUAAAAUAGCAGACUUAAAUCGUGGCAACAGGCGUCAAUUUGGCGCACUGUGACAAAAGCGUGCAUCAGUAUUGGACACUUUUGGAGUACACGCGAUAAAUUAAGCGUUAUUUUUGCACAAAAUAUGCAUAAUCCAUGGGUUCAAUGGAUGGUUUUCAAAACCACCUUUGUGAAUUCGAGCCUAUAUGUUUGGCUCAAUUGGUUUAAUAUGCCCGAGCUGGAAGCAGGCAUUUCUAUCUUUGCCGGAAAAAUUGUAUUCCUACAUAUGCAGGUUCACAUUUGAUUAUGUUAUAUUCACUAUUUGGUGUCCUCAUUUUGACAUUAGUGAACUUGUUCUGAUUUUUGACCAUUUUAUUCUUAAAUGCUUCCUUUCUUUGACAAUCAAUAAAUUUGGUUUGAUAGAAUUUUAUGAAAAUUACCCGGUAAAGACAAAAGUACAAGUCAAAAUGUAUGUAGCUUUGACUUUGCUUCCUUGAAUUUAAAAAGGAAUUAUCAUAUCAUAUAGGAAAUAACAAUGUUUAUUUCAUCAAAAUUCAAGGUAUUCAUGUAUAAUUUUUGAAAUCUAAGGAUUUCUGACACCCUCAUUUUGGACAGUUAUAAUAUAAUUACAUCGUACUCUAGCUUUUUAUUUAUUCACCUCGGUUAGUUCAGAUAUCUGAAAAAGGCCAAACUUUUUUAAUGCUUUGCCUGUUAUAGAUGGGAUCAUGAAAUUGAAUAAAAUUGUUUGUUUGUAGUUUAUGGAGACCAGCCUACGAGAAUUUGAUUUAAAUGACUGCAACUUUAUAUUACUGUUCUUGUUAUCAAAUAUGUGCUGUUUUUUAUUACCAUUUUUCAUUGGUAUGAUGCAUGCUGGCAUGCAUUAUCACUUCGUCUAUCAAACAUUUUAGACUAAGAACAUAUUUAACGAUGUCUAAUUACUGAUCACUUAGUUCUUAAUGAUAUAAGAUGUGCUUAUUUGAAUUAUUUAUACCACAAAGUUCUUUUCUUUUCUGAACAUAUUUGAAAUGAAAAUUUCUAUUGUAACAUUAUUCAUUUUAAUUAUAAUGAUAAGCUGUAGAUAUAUUGAACACACCUAUAGAAAAUGAUUAUGUGUUUGAUCAUUCACUGAUUAAAAGGUGGUAUUUAUUUUAAAUUGGAUAUUAAGUUAUUGAUUGACAAACGUAUGUUAAGAACUUACAAUUGAACAGAAAAAAUAUGUAUUAUAAAAAAUUUGUUUGUUGAUACUUCAUCAGAACUGGAUAUAAAAUCAGAUAUUUGAGUAGGUUUCACCAAUCUGUAGGAGUUAUAAAAGCAAAUGAUAUGAUCUUUUAUGUGUGCUAUCUAGUUUGAUUUGAGAGGAAAAAAUGUGUAAAGAUAAGUCAUUUUCAUCUAAAGCCCAUUAUGAGGCACCUAAACUAUAAUAUGAACUCAGAAACAUUAUUUGAAUAUGUUGUAGAAACGAUUGUUGUCGAAAACAAGAUAUUGGGAUAGGGCACCCAGGUCAAAUUAUUGACUUCUGUAACUGAUUGCUUUCAGUGACCAUAGUUUUGGGUUUAUAUUUGACAUUAUUUCAAUCAUGAUUUUAAAUUGAACUUUAAAGAGUAAUCAUAUAUGCCAAAGAUGGUGUAAGCACUGAUUAAAAUAUUGCCGAUAUUCAGUUAUUGUAGGAAUGUGUUAUACGAGGUUACUGACUGUAUAUAAUUUAGUAACAAUUUAUUUAUCAAAUAUUUGCAAAUGUUCAUCUAAAUAUUCUAGUGUUUCAGUGAGAAAGGUGCACAAUUACUUUAAUGAAUAAUUACACAUGUCUGUAGGUUUAUUGUGUAUUAUGAGAGGUGCAUAAUUACUUCACGGAAUAAUUACACUCGUCUUAAAGUAUUAUGUAUUAUGAGAGGCGCAGAAUUACUUCACAGAAUAAUUACACUUGUUUUAAAGUAUUACGUAUUUUGAGAGGUGCACAAUUACUUCACUGUACAAAUACAUCCGUAUUUAAGUGCAUCAUAUGCACAUAUUUUGUAUACAUUGUUUUGACAGUAUGCAACUUGUUUUGUAGGAAAAUAUUGGGGUUUUCAUCCAAUGCAAAAUAUAAAAGAAAAGCACAAUAUUCAUUUUAAAAACAGAGAUUCUGUGCUCAAAACCAGGACAACCUGUACAGUUGUAAUUUUCUUGGCUGGUAUUUCUUGGCAAUUGGGUAAACAAAGCUAGGAAAUAGGCUUAAUUUGAUGUCAUACAUAUUAGCUUUGAUCAUAUUGAUUUACAUAAAUAUGAGAAAUCUUCAUUUCUAAACCCAGGCAGGAGAUGGGGUUAUUAUUAAUUGGACUCUGCUAUGGCAUCAUUACUCAAUUAAGUCAUUGGUAAUGAAGUGAUUUUAUCUUUUAAAAAUUGAAGGUUAAAGUGUAGUAUCAACAAGUCGUUGGAGAAUGACCCCUCACCCGAUAUGGUCAAACCAAUAACAUAUUUAAAUUUCCUCUUUUCUGUUUGUAUUGCAGUUCGCACUGCUUGUAAAUUACUUCAUGAACAAAAUUCACAUGAAUUGCCUUUAAACUCUUUCAUAAGAUCUGUUUGCACAUUCCUGUUUUGACAUAAGAUGGAAAAAUCCAUAAUAUAACUGCAAAAAAAAAUCAUUUAUGUAAUUAAAAAGGAACUAAAAAUAUACCUCCAUUGAACAAGGCGGCAAUGUCUUUAUCAUUGUCUUCGCGAUGUAUAUAACAUGUUUUU